CUUGCAUUGCUGGCCGGCUCCACAGAAAAAAUGAAAUUUAUGAGCUUGAAGUGGUCUCGCCCUGCCAUAAAAUAAAGUCCAUAAAGUCCAAGUCCUGGACAAAAGAGGGAGGCAAUAGUGACCUUCAACUUUUGGCAACGGAAAAAAUCAAAACUGACUCAGGAAAAGGCCAUAACCUCCGCAAAUGGAGAAAACACCACAUCCAAGUAUGCUCCAAUCAUGUGGAGGAAAACAAGACUCCAGUUUUCGUUAUGAUCUGCCUGACAAAAUCUCUGACAAGAAUCAACAUAAGACUCACACUGUUCGGGACUACUUCAAAGCUGCAUCCAAGAAACUAGCUGGAGUUUUCGCAAUAUUACUAUUUAGGAAAAGCAAAAAGGCUAUUGCUGAAGUCAACAAGAAGAACAAGGAAGUCAAAAGAAUUUCCUGUUCGACUUCAACAGAUCAUUCAACAGGAAGUGAUGUUAGGAGCUCAGCAAGGUUCAAGUCCUUUGGUUCAUAUGGUUCUUCCAGUUCUGUCAGUGGAAAUAUCCCAACACCCGAUUUCUCCUUUGAAGAUAUUUGUAAGGCAACUGGAAAUUUUUCUCCAGGAAAUAAAAUUGGGGAAGGUGGGUUUGGAAUAGUUUAUAAAGGGAAGCUCAAGGAUGGAUCUCUUGUUGCUGUAAAGCGCGCUAAAAAGGACAAGUAUGACCAAGGCUUACCUCUGCAGUUCAAGAAUGAAAUACUUACACUAUCGAAGAUAGAACAUCUGAAUUUAGUAAGGUUAUUUGGAUUUCUAGAGCACAGAGAUGAGCAGAUUAUCGUGGUUGAAUAUGUUGGAAAUGGAAAUCUUCGAGAACAUCUUGAUGGUGUAAAGGGAAAUGGGCUUGAAAUUGCAGAACGUCUGGAUAUUGCUAUUGAUGUCGCCCAUGCAAUUACCUAUCUUCAUACAUACACAGAUCCUCCUAUAAUCCAUAGAGACAUAAAAGCAUCGAAUAUCCUUAUCACAGAGAAACUUCGGGCCAAAGUGGCAGACUUUGGAUUUGCACGACUUGCUACAGAGGAUCCCACUGCAACCCACAUCUCUACUGAAGUCAAAGGUACUGCAGGCUAUGUGGAUCCUGAAUACACCAGAACAUAUCAGCUCACUCACAAAAGUGAUGUAUACUCCUUUGGUGUAUUGCUUGUGGAGUUAAUGACUGGAAGAUAUCCGAUAGAAUCAAAUAGAUCAGUUAAAGAAAGAGUAACCAUACGAUGGGCAAUGAAGAGAUUAAAGGAAGGAGAAUUUGUAAUUGCCAUGGACCCAAGGCUAAGGAGAAGUCCAGCAUCAACCAUGGUGGUGGAGGAAGUCCUAAAACUGGCUCAACAAUGCCUUGCACCAGUGAGACAAUCCAGACCAUCCAUGAAGACGUGUGCAGAGGUUUUAUGGGGAAUCCGUAAAGAUUUCAAAGAAAAAGCCUCCUCUUCUUCUACCUCUCACUUUUCUGCAAAUUUUCCUGGUAGAGAUGCAAAGGCUAACAGGUAUUUAUUUGGAAUAGAAGAGGAUGAGAGCUAUGGAUUUAUUUCUGCAUAAAGUAAAGUGUGAUUUCAUGAUAUUUUUUUCCAUUCUUUUCUAUCUGUGAAUUUCAUUGAGUCCUAAUCUCAAAUGAAAUGAAGCAAGAUUGUAAACAAAAGACCACUCCCCCUUACAGCUUGUGCAACAUUUUUCUGCAACUUGUAGAAAAUCUUUCCUAAUUUUUCAAAGCUUUGCCUCUUGCCUUUCCUAAUCUAAAUUUUUUUGUGCUAAGCCCCAAAUGAAUGUACUUCAUUUUAUUUCUAAUUUGCAUGUUAAAUGUUAAUCUUCUACUAAUGAUAAGGCCUCUAUCGUAGGGAUAUAAAUAAAGUUUGACUUUUGUUUAUUUAUAAAAUUUAACAAAUAAUCAUGAUGAAUAUUUUAGAGUUUAUACCAAACAUAGCACGUGAUCACCCUUAAUUGCCCCUC